GUUGUUUUAAUUUUUAUUGUUAGUGUUGUUUUAGUAGAAUAUAUUUCAAAUUGCUUAGAAGCUUGAAGAUAAUUGAACUUACCGUUUUUAUAAAGAAAAUCUAGGAUAUAAACAAGUUAUUUAAAAUGGCUGAAGGAGAAUAUGACAAGGAACAAUUAAGAAUUCUAAGGAAUGCUUUUAAAGCCUUCGACCAUGACGGAGUUGGAUGGAUCGAUCACGCAGAUGUAUCAAGCAUACUUGAAAUAUUAGGUCAAAAAUUGGAGCCGCCGGCGGUUAAGGCACUUAUUAAAGAGGUAGAUAAAAGCACAACAGGUAAAUUAGAUUUCAGCCAGUUCUGCAAACUGGCCGCCCGCUUUAUUGAAGUUGAGGAAGAUGUAGGAGCCCUUCAAAAUGAGCUUAAAGAGGCCUUUCGUGUAUAUGAUAAAGAAGGAAAAGGAUAUCUAACAGUUGCCACAUUGAGAGGAAUUCUUCAUGAAUUAGAUGAUAAACUGUCAAACCAAGACUUAGAUAUGAUUAUAGAAGAAAUCGAUGCUGAUGGGUCCGGUACGGUUGACUUCGACGAAUUUAUGCAAGUUAUGACAGGUAAAAUAUUUAAUCUUCAAAAUAUUAUAUAUUCUAAUCGUCUAGUUUCAAAGUCAAACAAACAUUUGGGUAUGUCUCAGAACAAGCAAGUAUUUUUGUAUUAUAUCUACGUAUAUCUAAUAGCUUCAAAGCACAGUCAUUUUUGAUUUGAGAAAAAACAC